AUGCUUUUUAGUAAUCAGCAUCGGACAGCGGCGCCUCUUGUUAGGACUCUCCUGCAUUUGCCUAGCGCGUCGCUGUGCUUCAGAUUCCGCCUUUUGGCCGUCUGUAGGUCUGUGGGUAGCGUCGACCCUUCUCCUAAUAAUAAUAAUCGAAAGCCAGGCGUUGCUCAUGAUUCCGACUCAUCAUGGAACUUCAAACAGGGCAAAUACACAUAUCUCAACGGCGACGUUUUCGAAGGGUCAUAUGAUAGCGAUGCUAAAACAGGCCUCGGAAAGAUGACCUAUGCUAGUGGUACUUACUUUUUGUUCACUACAUCAGCAUACAGCAUUGUCAGAUUUCAAGUUUGACUUCUCGGCUUGCUAGUCGCAGAAGUGUCGUAAUACCCCGUCCCCGUAGUACUCGUCAAGAAGAACUUCCUGCAAAACCGACGGGAGCGCAUCAAAGGCUUUCGCUACUUUCAGCACGCCCACUGCUUUUCCUUCCAGGUGCCUCAUAUUCGGGCCAUUUUGAGAACGGCGAAAGGAGUGGCGAAGGGACAUUUGUGUACGCGAAUAAGGACAUCUAUUCCGGCACAUGGAAGGCAGGGAAGAAAUCAGGGAAGGGCUUCUACGUUUUUGCAGGAUCGAAGUAUUACUACGACGGCAUAUGGAAGGACGGACAAAUCGAGAGCGGUACGUUUUGUUUGAAUCAAUUCCCGUCUGCUCCCUUGUGGAACAGUUCUUGUCAAUUCUGCCUCCUACUUCUAGAGCUUGAACAAGAACAGAGUGCCCGCCUGCUCAUAAACGUAACAAAGGUUCACUGCCACUUUCUGCAACCCUCUCAGGUCAGUGGGUCUUCACACCCGAAGGCGACAAACUUUUCGAGGGCAGAUUUGUGAGCCAGAAACCAUGCGGAGAGGGCAAAUUCGUGUACGGCGACUACGAGGUACAGAAACUCUAAUAUAAUAACACCACUUAUGAUUAUAUCUGCUUGGUGUUGAUGGUGGCUGUUUUUCAAGGUCUCUCAUGCUCCGAUAAUAAAAAGCUAGGUCUAGCAGCAAUCCGAAUGCGCCAUCGUCAACAUGAUCGUCAAGAGAAAAGUUAGAGGUCAUCUUCAGAUGGAAAUCGAACAACACGAGCGGAAAACGUUUCUUCAGGUCUUCGGCGCAUACACGCAGGAAGUAAAGCCGUUGGAUACUGGUCUCGGAAAGGGCGGCGAGCCCCCAAUGCAGGUUGCCACGACGUGGGAGACAUUCGGUCUGGUGCACGCCUAGGCACACAGGUAGGCAAAGCCGAUUCAUUGUGGGUAUGAGGAGGAGGACACUCACCUACACUAGCUACUCUGAAAUUAGUACUACUACUACUAAUAUUACAUAUUAUUAUGGUCAUGAUUAUCCACCUAACUGUUAGUGUUGUCGCGCUGUGACCCAUACAAUACAGAACAAAGAGUUUUGUAUCAGUCGAUCGUAUCGAUUCUCAACUACAACGAUAUCAAAUUAAGUUUACUCACCUGAUUAAGGUUGCUUCUGAUUGAAACGUGAAAAUAGGCCGCAAACGAGGCUUUCCUGCAGGAUAGUGUGCAGAAAGAAUAAGAAGUUGUAACUAAACUUUUGCUCCAAAUGACUCCACGCCCUGGAGAAGUGAAAAAAUAAGAUUAUGCACUGAAAGUUAGUGCAUCUGCAGAUCAAACUUACUGUGUUCCGAACACAUUUUUUUUUGUCCCCCCUCUUGGGUCAUCGACGCUCUCAGAGCUUGUCAACGAUACG